GGAAAACGAGGCCGCUGUCUUCAUUUCCUCUCUCUCUCUCUCUCUCUCUUCUCCAUCUCAAAGUUCUCUGCAACUACUCCUUCCUCAGUCUCAUAUUGAUCUAACCCCAUUCAUGAAUCCAACCCUCUCCUCCCUCUUCCCAACUUUAAAUUCCUCGACCCAAUAACCAGAUCAACCCAAAAACUCUCAGCCUCCGCUGUUUUCUUUUAAGGGUUUUCUGGACACACUUUUUACCUAGAGCCUCUUGAUACACCUCAGUAUCAGGGAGCCAAAGAAAGGAGGAUAUAUUAUCAGAGGGAGAAUCCGAAACCAACGUGCCGUUUGUUCUUUCGUGGUCUAAAUGGAAAUCUUCCCAGCUCAGCCAGAUUUGUCCCUGCAAAUCAGCCCGCCUAACGCCAAAUCGGCGUCCUGGCGGCGGACGGCGGAGGAAGAUGUGAACCUGGGCUUCUGGAAGAGGGCCCUCGACUCGAGGAGCCACCACUCCUUGCCGUCCUCAAUGGCGGCCAAGAACGACGCCCGCUUCGAUCUAUCCUUGUCGAAUCCGAGGGCAGGCCACAACGCCGUUGGCGGCAACACCAUUCCGGAGGCCAACAAUAACGUCUCUUACAACCAUCUCCACCAAGGCGGCAACCAUAUCCACUCCUUCCAAAACCAAAGCCAGUACUCCGACAGUAAUCACCACCAGCAUAUGCACCAGCAUCAUCACUCGGUGUUGCAGCAUCAGCCACAAGGGCUGAGCCAAGAGCUCGGCUUCUUGAGACCGAUUAGAGGCAUCCCGGUGUACCACCAGAACUCUUCUAGUGCUUUCCCAUUCGCCACUCAACUUCAACAUCUAGACCCAUCGCCAAUUCAUCACCCGAAUAGUAGUAACUCCCUAACAAAUAGUGCCAAUUCCAUCGCUUCGAACCUUUGCCAUUCACACGGGCUGGUGAGAUCGAGGUUCUUGUCACGGUUUCCGGCAAAGCGGGGCAUGCGGGCGCCACGAAUGCGGUGGACGACUACGCUGCACGCCCGGUUCGUCCAUGCGGUGGAGCUGCUCGGCGGCCACGAGAGAGCCACACCAAAGUCAGUCCUUGAGCUGAUGGAUGUUAAAGAUCUAACCUUGGCACAUGUUAAGUCUCAUUUACAGAUGUAUCGAACCGUGAAGACUACCGAUAGAGCAGCAGCUAAUUCUUCAGGACAAACGGAUGUUUUUGAUAAUGGAUCGUCGGGAGAAACUUCUGAUGAUUUAGUAAUCGAAGUUGCGAACCCGAAAAGGCCUGAACUUGGAAGGCAUGAUCAUCAAGAUACGAAUCAACACGGUCUUUGGAGCAAUUCCUCAAUUUCCUCUAUUUAUAUAUGCCAAAGGAGUCACUCCCGAUCGAUUAUGAUGGACUCAUAGAAGCGUUUAUUUGGGUGGGUUUUUGAUACUAGAGUGCAUAUCGUGCACGGUCAGACCUUUUCAGUUGCACGAGAAGAGGAGUUCCCAGAUCCAGAUUGAAACUUGUCUCUAGCUCGGCAACCUUUGAAUUAUCAUUAAUACAUUAAGAAAGAAAGCACGCUCGAGUGAGCAUACUGUUACUGGAGAAAAUGAGCCCUUGAAUCGAGCGAUUACGCUUACUACCUGAAUUGAGUAUCUUGUUGGUGAAGAAAAGAAGAACACGCUGCUCCUUGCUUUGAUUUAUGUCGCUAAGCCACUGGAAACUCCUCAACAGCUUGAAAUUCUGUUACGAGAUCUUCUCUCAUCAUCUUCCUCUUGGACUGCACUUGAGUUGUGAAGAUUCAUCUAUCAAGGAAAUAAAAAGUAACCAAGCAUUGGAAAUUUAGUUGAGAAUUUGUCUCAUGUGCAGCAUAUAAAUAUAACACGGUUGAGAGAAACAUCCUUGGAAAAAUAAAAGAGAGAUGCAACUCAGAGAAAAAUUAACUUAGUUAAUUUAGAAGAGCCGAUUUAGUUUCUUUCAUUUUCCAAAGGUGAAAUGAAUCUUCAAU